AUGAGGGCUUCUGAUCCCCCACAAUGGAAAAAUAUGCCGGUGGUAAAGGGUAUGCCCCACGGAACAGCAUGGGGCCUGUUUGAUAGUGGCUGUGUGCGCGACGAGGUUGGAACGCUCAACCUCUUGACGCCAGAAGUUGUAGUUGAAGCAGGAAAGGAGAUCAAGACAGGAAAGAGUGUGAUUUUGAACUGGGGUCUCGAGCACGUAGCAGAACCUGGAUUUGGUCGGAUUAGAGUUGAACACAAUAUUAUUGACUGGAGGAAGACUCAACACUAUUACUCCUAUGAAGGUGAACGCGGAGAAAUCGUUGGAAGAGGUGUGCUGCUGGAUUACUGCUCCUGGGCCGAGCGUCAAGGUAUACAGUACAAUGCGAUGUCCCGUUAUUGCAUCACUGUGAAAGAUUUGGAGACCGUUGCAAAGGAGGAGGGUCUUGUUUUCAAACCAGGGGAUCUGCUGAUUGUCCAAAGUGGUUGGAUCAAGUGGUACAAUGAACAUGAUGAGGAUCGCAUCAAAUACAUAAUAAACGGAAAGGAGUAUGUCUGUGUCGAGGGCUCAGAAGAAUCUGUGGAGUGGCUAUGGAGCCAUUACUUUUCCGGAAUUGCUGGAGACGCAAUUGGGUUUGAGGCAUGGCCGCCGCAGCUCCCUCGCCGUAUACACGACCACAUAGCCCUUUGGGGAAUGGCAAGCACUCCAUGGAUGACCGAUAGGAGAACUUUGGAUCUCGAAGCAUUGGCAAAAGAAUGUGAGGCGCAGAAGUAUUGGAGCUUUUUCUUCUCCAGCGCGCCGUUGAACUUGAAGGGAGGAGUUUCGAGAACGCCAAAUGCAUUGGCAGUUUUCGAAGGCACGGCGCGAUUAGUUAUUGAUGCAUUAUUAAGAACGAUGAUGAUGUGGUAG